AUGGAUAGAAAGUUGUUAAAUGGACACCUUUGUGGAAUAUUUAUUGGGAUAACAAAGAGGUGUAAAAUGUGAUUACAGUAAUUAUUUAGAGGUGGAGGUUGAUAUUAUUAAAAGAUAAUGGCAUGAAAAUUUGGAAGUAGAUUGGGUUGAGUGAUUAAUUUUCAUAUCUUUCUUAGGUCACUUGUUUGCUAUGCNUUUUAAGAGUUAAAUUAAUCCAUUGAAGGGAUUAAUGAUACAUUGAAAAGAAGGCUUAAGUCUAUCUAAAUUUAAUAAAUUAUUAAUAUCCACCAUCUGAAUCAUCAUAUUCAGAUCUUGAUAUUAUGGUAAAAAUUUUGGAGGGAGAUUUAUAAGAGUAAUGGUACUUGUAAAAAGACUUUGAUUUGA